UUUUUCUUCUUUUUGUUUCUGUCUCCUUCGUUGUUUCCUUUCAGGAAAAGAGAGGAAACAGCGUUCUUCUCAGAUUCUUAACCUUCUUUAAGGAAAACCCAAAAAAAAAAAAAAAAAAAACCCAAAAAAAUAAUAAUCUCGUAUUCAGAUUUUAGGGUUUCUGACAGAUUCUCCGGCGAAAUUCAAUACCCAAAUCUCGGCAAUGUCGACGAUCUCGCCGUCAUUGGCCGUAAUUUCGUUUCUUUUUCUGAUUCUUCUGAAUCUUUCUUUGGUUACCGCUGACCCUUCGACGGAGACUGUUAAAGGAGGAGCGAUUAUGUUACCUUCGGAGAAGAUCAACGGCGAGUUUUGUGAAGGAACGGUUAAACCGGCUUCAUGUCCGGUUAAGUGUUUCAGGGCUGAUCCGGUUUGCGGCGAAGACAGCGUUACUUACUGGUGCGGUUGUUCAGAUGCUUUGUGCCAUGGUGUUCGUGUCGCUAAACAAGGAGCUUGUGAUGUUGGUAAUGGCGUUGGGUUGUCUGUUCCUGGACAAGCUCUGCUUUUGAUCCACAUUGUCUGGCUUAUGCUUCUUGGGUUCUCUAUUCUCUUUGGCCUCUUUUAAAAUUUUUCGUUUGAAUCAUUAGAGAUUGCAAUAGGUUUUGAGAUUGCAACUGAUGAAUUCUUUUGUUUAUAAUCUUUUAAUUUUGCUCUGUAUUGGAAAA